GGUCACAUGUCCGCGGCGACGCUGGCCAGUGGGCGGGGUUUGGGUGCAGAUUGAAGGAGCGCUGGUAGACGGCGGAGAGAGUGGUGCGGGUGAGGGCGACUCCUGACAACGCCGUUCGAUUUGUAUGGCUUUUGUGGAUGUGCGAGGCACCUGUCAUCAUGAAUGAAUAAGCUUAUGCUACAGACUGAGGGAAAUGGCUUUCGAUUCGUCUCGAGCCUGCCAUGUACAGUCGGUCCUCCUCCUCUAAAGGACGUCAGCUGUUUAUGGGAACUACUGGCAUUGCUCUCCUGAGGAUUUAGCUCUCCUUGUGGGACGUCAUUUUUCCACCAUCGCAGAAGUGCUGAGCAGCUGGGUGACAUGGCUAACAAUUCAUACGCUGGGGUGAAUUACUCUGUGGCUGAGCCCAAUCAUGAAGGAGAUUUCGGGUGCUCUCUCAAAGAGCUCCGCUCCCUUAUGGAACUGCGGGGGACUGAAGGAAUACACAAAAUCCAGGAAUCUUAUGGGGAUGUGAAUGGAAUCUGCAGCAGAUUGAAAACAUCACCUAUAGAAGGUUUAAGUGGAAAUAAUACUGAUAUUGACAAGAGAAAGGUAGCAUUUGGACAGAACUUUAUACCUCCAAAAAAGUCAAAAACUUUUCUUCAGUUAGUAUGGGAAGCAUUACAGGAUGUAACGUUAAUUAUUCUAGAAGUGGCAGCCAUCAUUUCAUUAGGCCUUUCUUUUUAUAAACCUCUGGAUCAAAGUGAUCAUAGUUGUGGGGAGGGAACAGGAGGAGUAGAAGAUGAGGGCGAGUCAGAGGCAGGAUGGAUAGAAGGAGCAGCCAUCCUCCUGUCUGUCAUUUGCGUGGUGUUAGUGACUGCCUUCAAUGACUGGAGUAAAGAGAAGCAGUUCCGUGGCUUACAGAGUCGCAUUGAACAAGAGCAGAAGUUUACAGUGGUGCGCAAUGGGCAAGUCAUUCAGAUCCCCGUGGCUGAGCUUGUAGUUGGGGAUAUUGCACAAAUCAAAUAUGGUGACCUCUUACCUGCUGACGGUGUUCUCAUUCAAGGGAAUGACCUUAAAAUUGACGAGAGCUCUCUCACAGGAGAGUCUGACCACGUGAAGAAAACGCUGGAGAAGGAUCCUAUGCUGUUGUCAGGCACCCAUGUCAUGGAGGGCUCUGGAAAAAUGGUUGUCACUGCUGUUGGAGUCAACUCCCAAACUGGAAUCAUCUUUACUUUACUGGGGGCAGGAGAUGACGAGGAAGAUGAAGAGAAAGAGGAGAAAAAGAAGGAAAAAGAACGAAAGAAGGAGAAGAAAAACAAAAAGCAAGAUAGCUCAGUGGAGAACAGAAAGAAGGCCAAAGCCCAGGAUGGAGCUGCAAUGGAAAUGCAACCUUUGAACAGUGAUGAAGGGACAGACGCAGAAGAGAAGCGGAAAGCUAACUUGCCAAAGAAGGAGAAAUCUGUUCUUCAGGGGAAGUUGACUAAAUUAGCAGUACAAAUUGGCAAAGCAGGUCUUGUAAUGUCAGCCAUUACAGUCAUAAUCCUGGUGGUGUUGUUUAUACUGAACACUUUCUGGGUACAAGGCAUUCCCUGGAAGAAAAGCUGCACGCCCAUAUACAUCCAGUUUUUUGUCAAGUUCUUCAUCAUCGGCGUAACCGUGCUGGUGGUGGCUGUCCCUGAGGGUCUGCCUCUUGCCGUCACUAUUUCCCUGGCUUACUCUGUCAAAAAAAUGAUGAAAGACAACAAUUUGGUGAGACAUUUAGAUGCCUGUGAGACCAUGGGCAAUGCCACCGCCAUCUGCUCAGAUAAGACAGGUACUCUCACUAUGAACAGGAUGACUGUGGUGCAGGCUUACAUUGCAGACAAGUACUACAGGAGGGUCCCUGAGCCAGAAGUCAUCCCUGCCAGCAUCAUGGACCUGCUUGUGUUGGGCAUCAGUGUCAACUGUGCUUAUACUACCAAGAUUAUGUCUCCUGAAAAAGAAGGUGGUCUUGCUCGUCAGGUAGGCAACAAAACUGAAUGUGCCUUGCUUGGCUUUGUGCUGGACUUGAAAAAGGACUACCAAGCAGUCCGCAACGAGAUCCCAGAGGAAAAACUCUACAAAGUUUACACUUUCAACUCUGUCAGGAAAUCCAUGAGCACCGUGCUGAGGAAUGCUGACGGAAGCUUCCGGAUGUUCAGCAAAGGAGCGUCAGAGAUUCUGCUAAAGAAAUGUUAUAAGAUCCUAACAGCGAGUGGUGAGACCAAAGUGUUUAGACCACGAGACCGAGACGAUAUGGUGAAGAAGGUGAUUGAGCCUAUGGCUUCUGAAGGCCUGAGGACAAUAUGCCUGGCGUACAGAGACUUCCCUGUUUCAGAUGGUGAACCUGACUGGGAAAAUGAGAGCGACAUUCUCGCUAGACUUACUUGCGUGUGUGUGGUGGGCAUCGAAGACCCUGUUAGACCCGAGGUCCCCGAUGCCAUUAGAAAGUGCCAGCGUGCAGGGAUCACAGUACGCAUGGUCACUGGGGACAACAUCAACACAGCUCGAGCCAUAGCAACCAAAUGCGGCAUCCUGCAGCCUGGAGAUGAUUUUCUUUGCUUGGAGGGCAAAGAAUUUAAUCGGCGGAUACGAAACGAAAAAGGAGAGAUUGAACAGGAGCGGAUUGAUAAAAUAUGGCAGAAACUGAGGGUCCUGGCUAGAUCUUCACCAACAGACAAGCACACAUUAGUUAAAGGGAUCAUUGACAGCACUGUUGCAGAACAGAGGCAAGUAGUAGCGGUAACAGGAGACGGUACCAAUGAUGGCCCUGCUUUAAAAAAGGCUGAUGUUGGGUUUGCUAUGGGCAUUGCUGGCACAGAUGUGGCAAAAGAGGCUUCAGACAUCAUUCUCACCGAUGACAAUUUCAGUAGUAUUGUGAAAGCAGUUAUGUGGGGACGCAAUGUCUACGACAGCAUCUCCAAGUUUCUGCAGUUUCAGCUCACUGUCAAUGUAGUGGCUGUAAUUGUGGCUUUUACAGGAGCCUGCAUCACACAGGACUCUCCUCUGAAAGCAGUACAGAUGUUGUGGGUAAAUCUGAUCAUGGACACGUUUGCAUCCCUUGCACUGGCCACCGAGCCUCCUACAGAGUCUUUGCUGCUAAGGAAACCAUAUGGCCGUAACAAGCCCCUUAUUUCUAAAACCAUGAUGAAGAACAUCCUGGGCCAUGCAGUCUACCAGCUUACAGUCAUAUUCACUCUCCUGUUUGUGGGUGAGAAGAUAUUUGACAUAGACAGUGGUCGUAAUGCGCCGCUCAAUGCUGGUCCCUCUGAGCACUAUACCAUUGUCUUCAACACCUUUGUUAUGAUGCAGCUUUUCAAUGAAAUAAAUGCCCGUAAGAUCCAUGGAGAGAGGAACGUCUUUGAUGGCAUUUUCAACAAUUUAAUUUUUUGCACUAUUGUUUUUGGCACUUUCAUCAUCCAGAUUGUAAUUGUGCAGUUUGGAGGAAGGCCGUUUAGCUGUGUGGGACUGUCCAUUGACCAGUGGCUGUGGUGCACUUUCUUAGGUUUUGGCUGUCUGCUCUGGGGUCAGCUGAUCUCCACCAUUCCUACCAGUCGACUAAAGUUCCUAAAGCCAGCAGGUCAUGGUACUCAAAAAGAGGAGAUCCCAGAAGAGGAAUUGGAGGACAUGGAGGACCUUGAUGAGAUCGACCAUGCAGAGCGUGAGCUGCGCCGUGGACAAAUACUCUGGUUUCGAGGUCUCAACAGGAUACAGACUCAGAUUCGAGUAGUGAAUGCAUUCCGCAGCUCUCUGUCCCCCUAUGAGGGGCUGGAAAAGCCUGAGUCCCGCUCCUCAAUCCACAACUUCAUGACCCACCCGGAGUUUCGGAUAGAGGACUCAGAGCCACACAUCCCCCUCAUCGAUGAUACGGAUGCAGAGGACGAUGCCCCCACAAAGAGAAACGCCACCCCCACACCUCCUCCCCCUCCAUCUCCGUCGCCCAAUCAGAACAAUAAUGCUGUGGACAGCGGUAUUCACCUAUUCCUAGACAACAGCAAAUCAGCCCCACCCUCGGCUCCUGCAAGCCCCAUGCACAGCGUGGAGACCUCCCUAUGAUCGGUGCCGUCCCUUCAUACGAAGCCACAUCCACCUCUCGUCUUUGCAGAAAACCUGUGCUCAGCGGACUCACUGGUGCAGAGCUGAGUGUAACCUCGGAGCUUAGCUUAAGCUUGACUGAAACAAAAGCAAGCAUUCAUCAGAAUGUAGGUUUUGGUUGUGAUAUUACCAUUUUUGUUGUCUUAUUUGAUUCUUAACAUCCUCUCAAGGGGUGGAGGACUUCAUUUCCACCCUACCUGUAAAAUCUGUCUCCCCCCUUUUGUGAGAAUGAAGGGAUUAUGAAUUCAGCUAUAAAGUGACCUGUAUUUUUGUUAUUGUUGUUAUUUAAUUAUUCUAAUUAUGAGGAGAUCGUUCUCCAUAUGGCUUGCAGAUCAGCUGUGAGAAAUUGACUUUUUGCUUUUCUUUUUUUCUGAAUGGUGAUGUACAUUUCUUUGGCCCUAGUUUAUUAAAUAGUUUAAUUUCUGCUCCAUUUGGCUGUUAAUAUAUUAAAUUAUUUAUGUUUUUUGAAGGAAGCAGGUCUGUUUACAAAGUUUGUAGAUAUUUUUUCUUUGUUGGUAAAGGAGCUUCCUUAUGCAGACAACGGGGACAAAUAAACAAGAAUAUUUCAGAUUCUGCUGUAUUUUCAGGAAAAAUGUAUGUUUCUAUGGAAACUAAACUAUUUUUGCCUGCAAGUUUUAUUUGUUAUAUAUUUGUGGAUAAAUAGAAUCUUUUAGCCAAAUAGAUAACACUAAGGCUUGUAUAGCAAUGAACAGAGGUGUUGAGGUCCAGACGGGUUACUCUGUGUUAAACAGGUGAGGACAGGGAUGCAGCAUUGGCCUCUGUUAAUACAUUUCCCUGUGUUUGUACUACUGCUUUACUUUCAGUUUCGAAGCUACUUUUUGUGCUGAUAGGGACUGUUGCGUUUCUAAUUCCAAGUUCGUUAUCGAUUGUAAGCGAAUUCACUGAAGUGCUUGGAACUAGAUGUUUCAUAUUUUAUUUGUUUGAUUAAAAAUGUUAAGUUAAGACAGUAACAAAGCUCAUAAUUAGAUAUUAAGAUACAAAAAGUUCCUCUGGGGACAUGUCUCUCCCUGCUAAUGUGAGAUACUGACAAUUGAUAACAGAUUUAGAAAAAUACAAUUCAAAUCCAAAAAAGUGCAACAAAUAAACAUUUAACAAUAA